AUGGCGAACGGCCACACGAAUGGCGACGCCUACCCGAGUGCGUUCGCCGCGAAAUACAACCUGGCACCACACUUCAUCGGAGGCAACGAGCUAGCACGAGCACCACCUAGCAAAGUCAAGGACUUUGUCACCGCACAUGAUGGUCACACUGUCAUCACGAGCGUCCUCAUUGCGAAUAACGGUAUCGCCGCUGUGAAAGAGAUCCGAUCCGUACGGAAAUGGGCAUACGAGACCUUCGGCGACGAGCGGGCCAUCCAGUUCACUGUGAUGGCCACGCCGGAAGAUUUGGCUGCCAAUGCCGACUACAUCAGAAUGGCAGAUCAAUACGUGGAAGUGCCUGGUGGCACCAACAACAACAACUAUGCCAACGUGGAGCUGAUUGUUGACAUUGCUGAGCGCAUGGGCGUACACGCCGUGUGGGCAGGAUGGGGACACGCAUCAGAGAACCCGAAGUUGCCCGAAUCACUCGCUGCGUCGCCGAACAAGAUUGUCUUCAUUGGACCGCCUGGCUCGGCGAUGCGAUCGCUUGGUGACAAAAUCUCCUCCACAAUUGUUGCACAGCACGCGAAUGUGCCCUGUAUCCCCUGGUCCGGAACUGGCGUGGCUGACGUCGAGGUGGAUGACAAUAACAUUGUUACGGUCAACGAUGAGACCUAUGCCAAGGGCUGCGUGACCUCCGUCGAGGAAGGUCUGGAAGCCGCGAGGAAGAUUGGGUUCCCGGUCAUGGUCAAAGCCUCUGAGGGUGGUGGUGGAAAGGGUAUCCGAAAGGUCGACGAUGAGGAGACCUUCCCAGCACUAUACAAGGCCGCUGCGAGUGAAAUUCCUGGCUCGCCAAUCUUCAUCAUGAAGCUCGCAGGCAAUGCCAGACAUUUGGAAGUCCAACUUCUGGCUGAUCAGUACGGAAACAACAUCUCCAUCUUCGGCCGUGAUUGUUCGGUCCAACGAAGACAUCAAAAGAUUAUCGAAGAAGCACCUGUCACGAUUGCCAGCCAAAAGACCUUCCAGCAAAUGGAGAAGGCUGCCGUCUCUCUCGGACGGUUAGUCGGCUACGUCUCUGCUGGUACCGUCGAAUAUCUCUACUCACACGCCGACGACAAAUUCUACUUCCUGGAACUCAACCCUCGUCUUCAGGUCGAGCAUCCCACCACUGAGAUGGUCUCUGGCAUCAACAUCCCAGCAGCUCAACUCUUGGUUGCUAUGGGAUGCCCUCUCCACCGCAUCCGUGACAUUCGCUUGCUCUACGGCGCGGACCCGCACACUUCCACCAACAUCGACUUCAACUUUGAGAAAGAGGGCAGCGCUCUCCAGCAACGCCGGCCGAUGCCAAAGGGACACUGCACGGCUUGCCGCAUUACCUCUGAAGACCCUGGUGAGGGCUUCAAGCCGUCGUCCGGAACCAUGCAUGAACUGAACUUCCGUUCGAGCUCUAAUGUUUGGGGUUAUUUCUCCGUCGGAGCCGCUUCCUCGAUUCACAACUUCUCCGAUUCGCAAUUCGGCCACAUCUUCGCGUACGGCGAGAACCGAACAGCAUCCCGAAAGCACAUGGUUGUUGCAUUGAAAGAGCUGAGCAUUCGUGGCGACUUCCGCACAACGGUCGAGUACUUGAUCAAGCUGUUGGAGACUCCAGCUUUCGAGGACAACACCAUUACAACCGGCUGGCUCGAUGAGCUGAUCAGCAAAAAGCUGACGGCUGAGCGUCCCGAUCCUAUGAUUGCCGUUAUUUGCGGUGCUGUGGCUCAGGCGCACGUUGCAAGCGAAGCAUGCCUGACCGAGUACAAGAAGGGUCUUGAAAAGGGUCAGGUUCCGAGCAAAGACAUCCUCAAGACGGUCUUCCCGAUCGAAUUCAUCUACGAGGGCAGCAAGUACAAGUUUACUGCAACCCGAUCCUCCGCUGACAUGUACACAUUGUUCAUCAACGGCAGCAAGGCGCUGGUCGGAAUUCGCGCCCUCUCUGAUGGAGGACUUUUGGUUCUGCUCGGCGGUCGCUCUCACAACGUGUACUGGAAGGAGGAGGUUGGUGCCGUUCGUGUCUCAGUGGAUGGCAAGACUUGCUUGCUCGAGGAGGAGAACGACCCAACUCAGCUUCGUACUCCAUCGCCAGGAAAGCUCGUCAAGUUUGCUGUUGGAAACGGCGAGCACGUCAAGAAGGGCCAAGCUUUCGCCGAAGUCGAGGUCAUGAAGAUGUACAUGCCUCUGAUCGCACAGGAGGAUGGUGUCGUCAACCUCAUCAAGCAACCCGGCGCCACCCUCGAAGCUGGUGACAUUCUCGGAAUCCUCGCUCUCGACGAUCCGUCAAAGGUCAAAUCUGCACAACCCUUCCUCGGACAGCUCCCAGAAAUGGGUGCACCUGUCGUCCUCGGUGCCAAGGCACCGCAGCGCUUCAGCUUCCUGAAGGGUAUCUUGACGAACAUUCUCCAGGGCUACGACAACCAGGUCAUCAUGAAUCAGACUCUUACCGAGCUUAUCGAAGUGCUCCGUGACCCUGAGCUACCUUAUGGCGAAUGGACCUCACAGGCCUCUGCGCUGCACUCUCGCAUGCCGCAGAAGCUUGACGCGGCCUUCGAGCAACUCGUCGAGCGCUCGCAUAGCCGAAAGGCCGAGUUCCCGGCUAAGCAGAUCUCGAAGACCUUCGAGCGAUUCCUCGCGGAGAACGUUCCUGGCGGCGAUGGAGAACUCCUUCGCACUGCUCUGGCUCCUCUGACGGAGAUCCUCGCCAAGUACCAAGAAGGUCUCAAGGCACAUGAGUUCUCGGUUGUCAAUCAGCUUCUUGAGCAAUACUACUCUGUGGAAAGCAUCUUCUCGGCCCGCCAGAACCGCGAUGACGAGGUUAUUCUCACACUUCGCGACCAAAAUAGGGACAAGGUGGCCGGUGUUGUUCAGACCGUUCUGUCUCACACUCGAGCAAGCGCCAAGAACAACCUCAUCAUUGCCAUUCUCCAAGCUUACAGGCCCAACCAGCCAGGCAUCGGAAAUGUCGGCAAGUAUCUCCGACCAUCGCUCCAGAAGCUCGCUGAGCUUGAAGGUCGUCCGACCGCCAAGGUCGCCCUCAAGGCUCGUGAGCUGCUCAUUCAGGCCGCGAUGCCAUCGCUCGAGGAGCGUACCUCCCAGAUGGAGCACAUUCUCCGGUCUGCCGUCCGCGAGUCACGCUACGGAGAAAGUGGAUGGGACCACAGGCAACCCGAUUUCGAUGUCAUCAAGGAGGUCGUCGAUUCCAAGUACACCGUUUUCGAUGUUCUGCCGCACUUCUUCGUCCACUCGGAUCCUUGGGUUUCUCUCGCGGCUUUGGAAGUGUACACCCGCCGCGCUUACCGUGCUUACAAGCUAAAGACCAUUGACUAUCUGACUGAAGGCGAUGCUCCUUUCGUUCUUGCGUGGGACUUCGCCCUUAGGAAGGUCGGAGAGGCUGAGUUUGGUCUGCCAGUGGAAUCUUCGCAUCCAUCCUCCGCUCCUGGAACGCCAUCUGAGAGCUUCACUCGCAUCCACUCGAUCAGCGACAUGAGCUACAUUGGACGUCAAGCAGGUGCCGGCGCGGAGCCAAGCCGCCGAGGUGCCGUUGUGCCAGUCAGCUUCAUCGACGAGGCCGAUGAGUACCUGAUGAAGGCGUUAGAGGCUUUCCCAGUGGCUGCUGGUCAGAAGAGCAGCAAGAAAGAUGCCGGGUCUUUGAUGGCCGAUCUCUCGCUCAAGCGCGGACCUGCCGCCACCAAGCCUGCGAGCGAUGAUGAGCUCACUGCCGUCUGUAACGUUGCCAUCCGCGAUGCCGAGAGCUUGGACGACAAGGAGAUUCUGUCUCGUCUGUUGCCCAUCGUCAAAGACUUCAAGGACGAGCUUCUCGCUCGCCGUGUGCGCCGUCUGACAUUUAUCUGUGGCCACAAGGAUGGCACAUAUCCCGGCUACUUCACCUUCCGCGGACCCGCCUACGAGGAGGAUGCCAGCAUACGUCACAUCGAGCCUGCGCUUGCUUUCCAGCUCGAGCUUGCUCGUCUUGCCAAGUUCAACAUCAAGCCAGUGUUCACGGAGAACCGCAACAUCCACAUGUACGAGGCCAUUGGCAAGAAUGCCGAGACCGACAAGCGAUACUUCACACGUGCUACCGUUCGACCUGGUCACCUCAGGGAUAUUCCCACUGCCGAGUACCUGAUCUCGGAAGCAGACAGGCUGAUGACCGACAUCCUCGACGCCAUGGAGAUCGUUGGCAACAACAACUCCGACAUGAACCACAUCUUCAUCAACUUCUCCGCUGUCUUCCCACUUGAACCUAAGGCGGUCGAGCAGGCUUUGGAACAGUUCUUGGACCGUUUCGGACGUCGUGCUUGGAGACUUCGUGUCACUGGUGCUGAGAUCCGUAUCGUUUGCACCGACCCAAAGACCGGUGCUCCGUUCCCAAUGCGUGUCAUCAUCACCAACACUUCUGGAUACAUCAUCCAGGUCGAGCUAUACGAAGAGCGCAAGUCUGACAAGAGCAACGAAUGGCUCUUCCACAGUAUCGGAGGUACCACAAAGAUCGGCUCCAUGCACUUGCGCCCGGUCAAUACUCCUUACGAGACCAAGGGUGCACUCCAGCCCAAGCGUUACAAGGCUCACAUCAUGGGCACACAAUACGUCUACGACUUCCCAGAGCUGUUCCGACAGGCCAUUGAGAAUGAGUGGAACAAGACCAGCAGCCAACACCCGGGCAUGAGGGAGAAGCAGCCUGUCAAGGGAGAGUGCAUUGAGUACAAUGAGCUUGUGCUUGAUGACAACGACAACUUGGCGGAGGUAAACCGCGACGCUGGUGCCAACACCAUCGGCAUGGUCGGCUGGAUCGUGACGGCGAAGACACCCGAGUACCCACGCGGUCGUCGCUUCAUCAUCAUCUCCAACGACAUCACCCACAAGAUUGGUUCAUUUGGACCCAACGAGGACAAGUUCUUCCACAAGUGCUCGGAGCUCGCCCGCAAGCUUGGCAUUCCGCGCAUUUAUCUCUCUGCCAACUCUGGUGCACGCAUUGGAAUGGCUGAGGAGCUCAUCCCACAUUUCUCCGUCGCCUGGAAAGACCCAAGCAGACAGGAGGCUGGGUUCGAGUAUCUCUACCUCACGCCAGAGAAGAAGGCUCGCUUCGAGGACGGUGCUCUCAAGCAUGUUCUCACCGAGGAGAUUCAAGUCGGCAAUGAGACGCGUCACAAGAUCACUACUAUCAUUGGUGCUGAAGAUGGUCUUGGUGUCGAGUGCUUGAAGGGCUCUGGUCUCAUCGCCGGUGAGACCUCACGUGCGUACGAGGACAUUUUCACCGUCACUCUCGUUACUUGCCGUUCCGUCGGUAUCGGUGCCUACCUUGUCCGCCUGGGACAGCGUGCGAUCCAAAUUGAGGGUCAGCCAAUCAUCCUCACUGGUGCUCCGGCCAUCAACAAGCUCUUGGGUCGUGAGGUCUACACCUCUAACUUGCAACUGGGUGGUACCCAGAUCAUGUACAAGAACGGUGUUUCCCAUCAGACCGCCAACGAUGACUUCGAGGGUGUCUCGAAGAUCGUUCGCUGGUUGUCGUUCGUGCCGGAGAAGAAGGGCGCCCCUGUGCCAAUCUCGCCAUCUGUCGACUCUUGGGAUCGCGAUGUCACGUUCUACCCACCUCAAAAGGCACCAUACGACGUCCGCCACCUCAUCGCCGGACAACACACCGAUGAGGGUUUCAACUCUGGUCUGUUCGACAAAGACUCCUUCGAGGAGACUCUUGGCGGAUGGGCUCGUACUGUCGUCGUGGGUCGUGCUCGUCUUGGCGGCAUUCCAGUCGGUGUCAUCGGCGUGGAGACUCGCUCGGUCGAGAACGUGUCGCCUGCUGAUCCUGCCAACCCUGACUCGAUGGAACAGGUUGUCAACGAGGCCGGUGGUGUCUGGUACCCCAACAGCGCCUUCAAGACUGCCCAGGCCAUCAAGGACUUCAACAAUGGAGAGCAACUUCCUCUCAUGAUUCUCGCCAACUGGAGAGGUUUCUCUGGUGGUCAGCGUGACAUGUACAACGAGGUCCUCAAGUAUGGCUCCUACAUCGUCGAUGCGCUCGUCAAGUACGAACAGCCGGUGUUUGUGUACAUUCCGCCACACGGAGAGCUUCGUGGUGGUUCAUGGGUCGUCGUCGAUCCUACCAUCAACCCAGACUUCAUGGAGAUGUACGCCGAUGAGGAGGCUCGCGGUGGUGUCCUCGAGCCGGAAGGUAUUGUCGGUAUCAAAUACCGCAAGGAGCGCCAGCUCGAAACUAUGGCUCGUCUCGAUGAGACCUACGGCGACCUCAAGCGCCGCUCGCAAGCCAAGGAUCUCACGCCGCAGGAGCAAAACGAUAUCAAAGCGCAAAUGACCGAGCGUGAGAACCUCCUCCUGCCAGUCUACCUCCAGGUCUCCCUUCAAUACGCCGACCUGCACGACCGCGCCGGCCGCAUGAAGGCCAAGGACACAAUCCGCAUGCCACUGAAAUGGGCCAACGCGCGCCGCUUCUUCUACUGGCGCCUCCGCCGCCGUCUCAACGAGGAGUACGUUCUCAAGCGCAUCUCCGGCUCGCAGUCCAAGGAGCUCGUCAGCCGUGGCAGCAACCUGAAGACGCUGGAGUCGUGGUCCGGAUUGCCGUCGUACAGCACCGAUGACAAGGCCGUCGCCAUGUGGUUCGAGGAGAACCGUAAGGUCAUCACCGACAAAAUCGAGGCGAUCAAGACGGAUGCUGUGGCGUACGAUGUUGCGGCGCUGAUGAGGAGCCAUAAGAAUGGUGGGCUCAAGGGUGUGGCGCAGGUGUUGAGCAUGUUGCCUGUGGAGGAGAAGGAGGAGGUGCUCAAGUGGUUGGAGAGUGCAUAGACCUGGAGGGACGAUUUAAUGGUGCCUUUGAUGUGAAAGGGCUGUAAAUUUGUGGUUCGGUUGUGCAUUCUGCGUCUUUGCUCGUUCAGCGGAGGAGUCGUGCUGGAUUUUGCCCUGCUUUGUAGGAUAAUCGUCUAUAUGUGUUCGAAUAAGUUUUUCCUUUCAA